GGGGGGGGGGGUUGGUGGCAGGAGUAGAGGGGACGCUUCACCAUGGAGUAUGAAGUCAAGAAGGGGAAGAAGGGCUUUGUGUCCCCCAUCCGAAGGCUGGUGUUCCCCAAGGCUGCACGCCGGGCAGCCUUUCGCAAUAGUGUGAGUCGCCGGCCCCUGCACUCAAUGCCCCUUUAUCCCCCUGACUAUCUCAUCGACCCCCAGAUUCUGCUAUGUGACUACUUGGAGAAAGAGGUCAAGUUCCUAGGCCACCUCACCUGGGUGACUUCCUCACUGAACCCUUCCAGCCGUGACGAGCUUCUGCAGCUGCUGGACAAGGCCCGGCAGCUGAAGGAGCUGCCGCUGAAGACCACGGCGGAGCAGGACAGCAUUCUGAGCCUGUCGGCCCGCUGCCUACUGCUCACCUGGCGCGACAACGAGGAGCUCAUCCUGCGCAUCCCUACGCACGAGAUCGCCGCCGCCUCCUACCUGCAGGACGAUGCGCUGCACCUGUUGGUGCUUAAAACCGGUCUGGGCGUGGACCCGGUGCCGGCGGGAGUGGACGCCAGCCCGGGGGGCGCGAGGUGCGAACCCAGCCCUUCGGGCGCGGCGCCCGAGAAACCGCGGGUGGGCACUUCGGAGCGGCGCCACACCAUCUGCAGCCUGGACUGGCGGAUGGCGUGGGGCGGGGGCACGGGCGCCGAGGCGCGGGCCGGGGGCGGCGGCGGCAGCUUGGAGCGCCAGCGCGCUAGGGCGCGGGCAUCGGGCAGCUGGGAGCGGCGGCAGACGUUUAGCGGCAGCUGGGAGCGGCGACACGCGGGCGGCGGCGGUGGCGCGGGCAAGCCAGGCGGCAGCUGGGAGCGGAGGCAGGCGGCCGGCGGCUGCGGCGGCAGCUGGGAGCGGCGCCACCCGGGCCCCAACCCGCUCGACCCUCAGGACCCCAGCCCCGACGCCUACUGCAACCUGGUCAUCCUGGCUGUGCCCAACAGGGAUGCUGCCGAGGAAUCCUGCGCACUCAUCUGUCAGGUUUUCCAGAUCAUCUAUGGGGACCAAGGCAUCGAGUGUGUGGACCGGGCCGGCUACCACUAUAUGUCCACACCUGAACGGCCAUGGCUCUGCAGCCGCACAACGGCUCCCAGGACACAUUUGAAGCAUGCUACAGUGGCACAUCCACUCCCUCUUUCCACGGCUCACACUGCAGUGGCAGUGACCACAGCGGCCUGAGCCUUGAGCAGCUGCAGGAUUACAUGAUCACGCUGCGGAGUAAGCUGGGGUCCUCUGAGAUCCAGCAGUUCGCGCUGCUUCUGCGGGAGUACCGGCUGGGGCUGCCCAUCCAGGACUUCUGUGCCAGCCUGCUGA